ACGCAAAAGACGCGAAAAAUUGGCCAGAAUAAAACAUAUGUUGCUCUAAAAAUUUUUCUCUCAACAAGCAAAGCAAUCCAGUGGCUUAGUAAUAUUCUAUCUAGGGUUUACAAAUAUGCUCUGUUGUAUACCUGUUUUCUCCGUUUAAUUCACCGAAUUCGUGUUCGAUUUCUUCAUUCGCGACGAUUGAGAGGGCGUUUGCUUGUGUUGAUGCUGACUGUACAAACUACAAAGCUUAACAUUGGUAGAUUGGACUCGAGGUAGAAAUCAAUGUUUCGUUUCAGGAUCUGAGUGAAGUGAUGGAUAGUGAAGUGAAUGCCAUAAACGAUAUUAAUAUUCAAGAUACGAAAUCUGGCCAAUACACAAAUGUUUCCGAUAACAAAAACAACGAUCGGGUUGAUACAUCAAGCCGUGCAUGUACCAGCCCUCGUUGUACCGAUAAUCCUAAGGUUUCAGUCGAAGAAUUAACCAUAACAAAUCUCAGUAGCGGGAAAUCAGAAAUAAUCAAUGCAUCAAACACGAUAGACGGAAUUAAAACCACCAGUACACCAAACCCUAGAGUUUGGCAAGAUUCAGAUUCUAACAUUUUCUCAGAAUUUCUAGAGAAAAAACAAGAAAUCGUAAGUCAAAUACAAAACGAGACAGCUAACAAUUCCCCACAGGAUGAACAGCAAUCAUCUCAUGGAGGUAUUCGAACAAAGAUUCUUUCAAAAUCUGGUUUCUCUGAGUUUUUUGUGAAGAACACACUAAAGGGCAAAGGAGUCAUUUUCAAAGGUCCAGCUCGAGACAGAGCCGGUGUUCAUAUUCGUGGUCAAAGUGAUACCAUUGUGAAUAAACUGUCAUCUAUUGUUGACAACAAUAAUAAUAUGAGUUUAAGAGAAUGGUUGACAACUCGCAGGAAUAAACUCGAUAAAUCUAAAAGCCUGUUUAUAUUUAAACAAAUAGUAGAUUUUGUAGAUUCAUCACAUUCUCGAGGUGUGGUCUUGCAAGCCUUAAGACCAUCGUGCUUUAAGUUGUCACCUUCAAACCAUGUUUUAUACCUCGGUGACAAGGAACUCACGGAAACCAACAAAAAGCGAAGACUUGAGGACAACCGUAAUUCAUCUGCCAGGUGGCUACAGUUCCCAAAUCGGGUAUCUGGUCACGGAUUAAACGAAGAGAAUGUCGGUAUUGACGGUGAUUUAUUAGAAGCACAAUGGUAUGCGUGUCCCGAGGAAGUUAGAGAGAGAUGUUCUACAUUGUCUUCAAAUAUAUACUCUUUAGGAGUUCUUCUAUUCGAGCUUCUUGGAUCGUUUGAAUCGGGUAGAGAACAUGUGGCUGCGAUGAUGAAUUUACGUCAAAGGAUUCUUCCACCUCGUUUCCUUUCUGAAAAUCCUAAGGAAGCUGGAUAUUGUUUCUGGUUGCUUCAUCCUGAGGCUUCCGCACGACCAACAACUAGAGAUAUCUUAAAAUCCGAACUUGUAAGUGGAAUAGAAGAAACGUCAACAGCCGAAUUACUCUCUUCCAUUGUUCAAGAGGAUUCCGAAUCAGAAUUGUUAUUACAUUUUCUCGCAUCAUUAAAAGAGCAAAAGCAGAAAUGCGCCACCAAAUUGGUUGAAGACAUUAACUGUAUAGAAUAUGACAUCUCAGAGAUUGAAUCACGUCGUGCAGAUAGUUCAACGUUUGAGACAAACGUAACAUCAUCAAGUAUGAUAAAAACCAAUUUAAUUCAUCUUGAAAACGCUUACUUCUCGGUGAGAUCCGGCAUCAAUGUUUCUAAAAAUGAUACAACGGGAAUUUCUGAUCGGCUUGGGGAAUUUUAUAACGGUUUUUGCAAAUUUGCUCGGUUUAGCAAGUUUGAAGUUUCUGGUAAUAUAAGGAACGGUGAUUUUAGUAGUUCUGCAAAUGUUAUAUGUUCUCUUGGCUUUGAUCGGGACGAGGAUUAUUUUGCAACUGCUGGAGUGUCGAAGAAGAUUAAAGUAUAUGAUUUUCAUAUGUUAUUGGAUGAUUCGGUUGACAUUCAUUAUCCUGCUGUUGAGAUGUCGAAUAAAUCGAAGCUUAGUUGCAUUUGUUGGAAUAGUUAUAUCAAGAAUUAUCUUGCUUCUACGGACUAUGAUGGCGCGGUGAAGUUAUGGGAUGUAGGAAGUGGUCAAGCAGUUUCUCAUCAUACCGAGCAUGAACGGAGGGCAUGGUCGAUUGACUUUUCUCAUGGGGACCCCACAAAAUUUGCCAGUGGAAGUGAUGACUGCUAUGUCAAACUUUGGAGCAUUAAUGAGAAGAAGAGCAUAUCGACAAUAAAAAACAUUGCAAAUGUUUGCUGUGUUCAGUUUUCUCCGUACUCUGCUCAUUUACUGUGUUUUGGGUCAGCCAAUUAUCAGACGUAUUGUUAUGAUCUUAGAAACGUUUCAAGUCCGUUGUGUAUAUUGACUGGCCAUGACAGAGCUGUUAGUUACGUGAAGUUUUUGGAUUCCGAAACCUUAGUCUCUGCAUCCACUGAUAACACAUUAAAGCUUUGGGAUCUCAAGAAAACCGCCAAUGGUUGUGCCUUAACGUUUAGAGGACACACAAACGAGAAGAAUUUCGUCGGUUUAUCUGUUGCUGACGGGUACAUUGCUUGCGGUUCGGAAACAAACGAGGUGUUUGCUUAUUAUAGAUCACUGCCCAUGCCGAUCACAUCCCACAAAUUUGGCUCGUUAGAUCCCGUUUCUGGCAAAGAAACCGACCAUGGAAACAACCAGUUUGUUUCAAGUGUGUGCUGGCGUCAGAAGUCAGAUAUGGUGGUUGCCGCCAACUCCAGUGGCUGCUUGAAGUUAUUGCAGAUGGUGUGAGCCAUUUGGGUACCCCAAGUGUAUAUAGUGCGCUGAAAAUAAAGCAAACAUCCGGUUCCGAUAGAUGCGCCUUUAGGCUGAUCCAAUCGUCUGUUUUUGAGACGAGGUCGAGAAUUUUGCAGCUUUUCGUUGGAAACUAUAGAGUGGUUAUAGUGCAGUCCUUUCGUAAGGAGUUUUGCAAGUUAAGUAUACAUAGAUAAGUAUACCUAGAUAGUUUUUAACUGGAAGAAAAAGGUUAUGUUUUUUGCUUUUGAUG